AUGGCCGACGAUGAUGGCGACGAGGUGGACGAGUACACGCUAAUGAUAGUGAGCUCGACAGAGCUCUCAUCUGCUGGCGAACAAUAUGGUGCACGCAGCAAUCUUGCGCGUCAGCUUCGCGAGUUCCGUGCGCUAGAGUUCAGCUGUACGGUUGUCAUGUUCGGCCUCGCGCUUUUCUUCGCCUGCAUCCCAGUCCAACAACGCUCGAUCCCCAGCGUUGAAGUCCAGGUGGAUUCGAACACAACCAUUUGGGCGCGAGAUCCAACGCUCAAUGCCAAAGUUCAUCCAGAGCAAGUGUCUACGGAGGCAUUGAUCUUUUUCGGUGUCAUGAUUCCAGUGACGGUGAAUCUGCUGAUGAACUAUGUGUUUCCGAAAGCAUUGAAGGUCCGACUAGUCCCUCACGAUACACGCGACUUUUUACUGGCAUUGGCACAGUCUGCAAGCAUGAGCGAGUUGCUGACAGAGUUUACUAAGAACCUCACCGGACGAUGUCGCCCGAGCUUCUAUGACAUGUGCGGCUGGCAGUACGAUGUGGUGUGGGAUGGCGUCACCAACCUGUGCACCAAUCCUGCAGGUGAAAAGGAGGGACGCAAGAGCUUCCCAUCGGGCCACGCUUCAUUUGCAUGGUCUACAAUGCUCGUACUGACGCUCUAUUUACUCGGUCGAUCCCGUCUCAAUAGCAGAAACCGCAGUGAGUCUGCAAGUCAAGGUGGUCGGAAGAUGCUAAAGCUGUUGCUUUGCUUCGUGCCAUCCUUCGUGGCAGCAUGGGUAGCCAUCACGCGCUCCAUCGAUAAUUGGCAUCACUAUUCGGAUAUUUUAGCUGGUAGCAUCAUUGGAGCCGUGUCUGCAUGCGUAUCGUACAGCUACAACUACGGCUCCGUGUUCAGCUGGGACUCAGCGGGCGUUCCUCGUCAAGAAUGCCAUAUUCGCCAACUUAUUUUCACUUCGUAA